AUGAGCAAGAGAAAGCUUGGAUUGGGCAAGGUGAGAGCUAAAAAACAAAAGCUGGAUCUCGAGGAGAAGAAGGAUAACGGUGCGACCGGGAAUGCAGAGAAACCAGGAGACGGAGAGGGGGGAGAAGGGGGCUCGAACACCAACGAGGAGCUGCUCACCGUCGAGCUUGCAAACGAGGUGAACCCAGACGACCCGCUUUCGCAGCUCUGCGGGCUCUGGAAGACAUGGAAGGACGGAGAGAGGAACAACGAGUUGAUUUUGAACGGGAUCAUCAACGAGUGCGACCGGAUCUUGAGGAACACGGUUGAGAACGGCGGCACGGAGGCCGUGACGCUGAACGACCACUUCUACAGCAUCUACGGGCAGGCGAUGUGCGACCUCUCGAAGUUCAAGCCCGACGUUGAGGUCAAGGCCUGGAUCGACAAUUCGCUCGAGCGGAUCGACGAGGGCUGCGACAGGUACGGCGCAGACAACAUCCGGCUCAUGUUUGCGAGGUCCUACAUCCUGCUCAACCGAAUCGCGAUCCAGUACAUUGCGCAGAUGAACGUGGACUCGAAGAAGGAGGAGUUCCCGGGACUGAAGAAGGCCUUCGACGAGUUCAUCGACACGUGGAACGCGGCUGUUGCCGAGAGCGAGAAGCAGAAGGACUCCUCGCUGUUCAGAGAGGCCUGGGUUCUCGAGAUCCUCAACAUCUUCGACGACCUGCUGGAUAUUGUGGACAAGUUCGGCACGCAGAUGAGCGAGGUGGUUGACAGCGACAGCGACAGCGACGACGACGACGACGCCGGCGAAGCCCGAGAGCCCGCUGCCGCCGACGCGCUCCACACCGCCGAGUUCGAGAUCUCCGAGGACCAUCCGCUGCACGCGAUCCAGAACGACGACGCCUACAACGUCUUCUGGCGCGACAGCAUGCUCAAAUUCCGCGACCUCAUGGACGCCGACGCCGACGCCGACGCCAAGCUCAGGCGCAGCGUCCACGACAAGCUCGGCCAGAGCUUCUUGAUGCAGGCCGAGGAGCCCAUUGCCUUCUACAACAGCUUCCAGUACGACACCGACGACACCGCCCACGACGCGGAUGACGCCACCGCCCACGCCGCCGCCGCCGCCCGCGCCGCCGCCGAGGACCUCGUGUCCCACGCCGUCCACCACCUGCGCCAGACCCACGACGACCACGACCCGAAGACGUGGGUCAACCUCGCCGAGGCCCUCAUCACCUAUGGCAACCUCCUCGACCUCGACGGCCCCGACCAGAACGCCGCCUACGCCGAGGCCGAGCGCCUGCUCCGCCGCGCCAACAACGCCUGCCACGGCCGUUACCAGGACAUUCUCGACAGUCUCGUCCCGCAGCCCUGA